UGGCUCAGCGACUGGAGCUGCACGGUGUCUCCAGGAGACCGGAACCGGGGGAGGGGGGGUUGUCCGUUAGUCGGCGGCUGAGAACCCCUGCCGCGGCGCGGCGUCUGGGCUCGGAGGAGGAGCGGACUGUUCACCCCGGGGGCGCGCACUCACCGGAACGGGAGCGCGCAUUGGGAAGGGGCGGCGAUAGAGGGGCCUGAGGCCUGUGUGCCUCAGACAUACCGGAGACCCCGUGUGUGUUAGGCUGAAGGUCCGGUGAAGCAGGCCCUUAUAGAGGAGACGCGCCUUAUAUAGGAGCCGGGCGCAGCAGUUCGUGUGGAGCCGGUGACUCAUUCAUAGUUGUGUCGGGCGGUGCAGUCCCUACACUGGCUGGGUGCUCUAUGUGGGACAGCAGCCACAUGUAGUGCUAAUACUGCGGGUAGUGCUGGCAGCUCGUUGGCUCUGUCUCCAGGUGGUGUCACCAGCCCAUGCCCGUGUAGAGGUGGGCACCAGUCCUCUAGAUAGCUGAGUGAUAUAUAUGUCUCCAGUAGUGAUGUGACUGCUAUCCUAUACACAGUGAAAGUGACACUGACUUAAAGAUGAUCUUUGUGACAUAUCUGUCCUGCCUAUCUUUACAGUAACAGACUACAGUCCUACCUGAUCCUCUCACCUCCAUGACUAUUGAAGGGCCUUACUGACACAUUACACUAUAUACACUGACCCUGAUAUACAGAGCAGACAGGAUUGCUCACAUUCAGGGUGGGUGAAGGAGCUGCUUCGGAUCCGUUCCUUUAGAGAAUUUUGUUUGUUUUUGACGGGACUCUGAGGAGCCGUAGACUUUGUAGCUAAUACCCCAUAUUGGUUUGUAGUUGUGUUUAUCUUGUCCCAACAACUGGGAACAUGGACUCAGACGAAGGCUACAAUUAUGAGUUUGACGAAGACGAAGAGUGCAGCGAAGACAGUGCCGCCGAUGACCACGAAGACGAGCUAGAGCUGGGAGAUGUGGAGCUGGUGGAAGCUGGACUUGGUGGAUCUGAAAGAGCAGGGAUAUGCGGGGAAGGAGGCGGAGGUGUUCUUGGACCUGGUCCUGGUGGCGAGGAAGAUGAUGACUACAGAUAUGAGGUCCUCACUGCUGAGCAGAUCCUACAGCACAUGGUGGAAUGCAUCCGUGAAGUGAAUGAAGUCAUCCAGAAUCCAGCUACCAUUACAAGAAUACUCCUGAGUCAUUUCAACUGGGACAAGGAGAAGCUAAUGGAGAGGUAUUUUGAUGGCAACCUGGAGAAACUCUUCUCAGAAUGUCAUGUUAUAAACCCAAGUAAGAAGUCUCGGACACGACAGAUGAACACACGUUCCUCUGCCCAAGAUAUGCCCUGUCAAAUCUGCUACUUGAAUUACCCAAAUUCAUAUUUCACAGGUCUUGAGUGUGGUCACAAGUUCUGCAUGCAGUGUUGGGGUGAAUAUUUAACCACCAAAAUCAUAGAAGAAGGAAUGGGACAGACCAUCUCCUGCCCAGCUCAUGGAUGCGAUAUUUUAGUUGAUGACAAUACAGUAAUGCGUUUAAUCACAGAUUCAAAAGUGAAGUUAAAGUAUCAGCAUUUAAUAACUAAUAGCUUUGUAGAGUGUAACAGACUACUGAAGUGGUGCCCUGCCCCAGACUGUCAUCAUGUUGUUAAAGUUCAGUAUCCAGAUGCCAAGCCUGUGCGUUGCAAAUGUGGCCGUCAGUUCUGCUUCAAUUGUGGAGAGAAUUGGCAUGAUCCUGUUAAAUGUAAGUGGCUGAAAAAAUGGAUUAAGAAGUGUGAUGAUGACAGUGAGACAUCAAAUUGGAUUGCAGCUAACACAAAGGAGUGUCCCAAAUGUCAUGUUACCAUAGAGAAAGAUGGAGGCUGUAAUCACAUGGUGUGUCGGAACCAAAAUUGCAAGGCUGAAUUCUGCUGGGUGUGUCUGGGUCCAUGGGAGCCCCAUGGAUCAGCUUGGUAUAAUUGUAAUCGCUACAAUGAAGAUGAUGCAAAAGCUGCCCGAGAUGCACAAGAGCGAUCCAGAGCAGCCUUACAAAGAUAUCUGUUCUACUGCAACCGAUACAUGAACCACAUGCAGAGUUUGCGAUUUGAGCACAAGCUAUAUGCCCAAGUCAAGCAGAAGAUGGAGGAGAUGCAGCAACAUAACAUGUCAUGGAUUGAAGUACAGUUUUUGAAAAAGGCUGUGGACGUGCUUUGCCAAUGCCGCUCCACACUCAUGUACACUUAUGUCUUCGCGUUCUACCUCAAGAAGAACAACCAGUCAAUUAUCUUUGAGAAUAAUCAGGCAGAUUUAGAAAAUGCAACAGAAGUUCUGUCUGGAUAUCUGGAAAGGGAUAUUUCACAGGAUUCCCUUCAAGACAUUAAGCAAAAAGUACAAGAUAAGUACAGAUACUGCGAGAGUAGGAGGCGGGUUCUGCUUCUUCAUGUGCACGAAGGUUAUGAAAAGGACUUGUGGGAAUAUAUUGAGGACUGAGCCGUCUCCACAGACCAACCUCUGUUGCCACCUGACACUAGAUUUCAAAUCCCAUUAAAUGCAUCUCUGCCCCAAGAGGCUGGUCCCCGCACAUUCAGCCGUUUCCUUUUCAAUUUCUUGCUCUCAUCUCUUCCGCUCCUACCAGAUUUUUCCCCCUCCUUUUUUUUUGUUAACAGAAAGUUUAAGUAAAUUAUAUUGUAAUAAUAAAAAGAAAGCAGUUAGCAGAGGCAGUGGUUUGACAGUAUUGUAGGCUUAUUUAACCCCUUGGCAAACAGUGACUGGGAAAGCACUGAUCUGCAUGUAAAAUUGUUUGAUAAGGCGUUGCUAGUUACUUUGAGCACCAAGGGGUUAAAAUGUGUGCAGCACCUCAGCUAUUUGCAAAUGCUUUCUCCUAACUUUGGCUUUCCAUGAUCAGGCUGAUUUCCCUUCUACUACCCCCUCAAGAGAGUUUCCCUUCAUUCUUUAUACCAUCUUGCGAGCCUCGUUUCUUAUGUCUCCCCUGUUAAAUCAGUCUGCUUCUCUGCCAGUUCUCCCCCUUUUCUCUGUUUCCUUUUUAUCUUCAGACUGCCCCUCAGCACCUUUUCUAUUCCUGGGUUGGAGCUGAACUGCUUUGAAAAGUUGAAAAAAUAGAAGAAAAAAUAAAAAAAAUAGCUUUGUACAUGACUUUUAAAAACAAAACAAGAUUAAACUGAACAGAAGACAGCAGUAUUUUUCAACCUUGUAAAUAGUGCAUCUGCAUGAGAAGGGUUGAGGUGGGACGCAUGGUGUUUGCAUCAUGUUUAAGAACAAAACAGGAAAAAAAUAUUUAUUCUUUCUUGAAGAUCAUAAGUCCUGGCUGUGCUGUUUAUUCUUGGGAUCUUUUUGACUGGGCAAUGUGUCUACACAGUCCAAAAAGAUCUUCCCAGUUGCCACAAUUACCACUUCAUAGAGAAUGUCUGUUGCGUACACUGCAUUAAAUCUGGCUGUGCUGGCUGAAAUAACAUUUCCAGGGAGGCACUGUAUGGGAUUGAGAUUGGAUGCCUCUAGAUAUUAGGACUCCAUUGACUAUUUUACUUGAAGUGAUUUAAAUGAGAAUGAGUGGAGGGACAUUGUGCUUGAAUUGGACAUAACAUUCUGGCAGUUUGUCUCUGUACUGAGUAUUUUUGCUAAUGUGUUGCUACAGAGUGCCUGCAGAAUUCUGAGAGUUGACCGUAAGUGAGCAUUGUACAGCAGGCGAACAUAAUUAUUUUUGCCUCUGAUAUUACAGCAAACAAUACAUUUGAACAGGAAGAAUCAAACACAAAAGGGUUAACUAUACUAAGAAUACAUUUUGUUAAAUGUGUUAUACAACUGUUGGUGAAAGUUUUCUUUCAAGAGCUGCUCACAUAAUGUUUAUUAAAUUUGGUGAGACCAAAUGAUGAAAGUGAAAACUUUGUUCCCCCUUCCCACAGUAUUAUGCAUUGGGUGUUUCUGGAUGACCAGAGAAACUGUGUAGACAAUAUAAUGGCACCUGAAUGACAUAAUGAAGAAGAUCAGUGGAUUACUGCUUGAUAUCAUCUUGUCAGAAACCCAUCUUCAACUGUCACACCACACUCAUCCGCAAGCAAUAUAUUAGUAGAACUGCUUUUUUUCAUAUUUUAGGUGCAUUAGAAGUGUACUUAAAGGGAAAAUUAGAAAUAUCAAAAUUUUUGGCUUUAAAAAAAGACAAAUUUGUUUUACCAAUUAUAGGUGGUUUUGACAUUGGCACCAAUUUUAAGGGAUUAUUAUAUUUCUCUUGCUUUUGUUAUUAGACUAAAUUGAAUGUAUAAAGGUUUUUCCAGUCUUUAAA